UAUUCCUCACUGGUUACUAUUUACGGUGCUUCUAGAUUACUUAUUUAUAUAUAAAGCUGGCUGUAGCUAGCUCGCAAUUUUGAGUUACGUUGGUUAGCGCUUUGCUAGGUUAAGAUAACAAUGGAGGCAACGUUAUUUUAAAGUUAAACUAAGGUCACUGUAGAUGACUUGCGAGCCCCACAGAGCACCGCAAAGAGAAGAGAAGCAGCUAGAAGCGUCGGUGGAGUCUCUCAUUUCUCGGGUGGCUCACGUCAAAAACGCUCUUCACAGUUUCAUUUAUAAGUUGGAAAAUGAAUACGAGCGAUUAACAUGGCCAUCUGUGUUGGACAACUUUGCUCUGCUAUCCGGUCAGCUGAACACCAUCAAUAAACUGCUCAAGAACGAGAAGACACCAUCCUUCCGCAACCAGGUUAUAAUACCUCUGCUUCUGUCUCCAGACAGAGAUGAAGAUUUAGCGAAACUCACGGAGCAGCGUGUCCCAGUGUUCAGCCAUGAGAUUGUACCGGACUACUUGCGGACUAAGCCUGAUCCGGAGGUGGAGGAGCAGGAGAAACAGCUGAGUGCAGAUGCGGCACGUAUUGGCCCUGAGGUGGCCCAGAAACAAAUCCAGGCGUUGAAUAAGCUGUGUUCCAAUCUACUGGAGAAGCUGAACAAUCCUCGUGACGACAGAGAUGCAGAAAGCGCAUCAAUGAGACAGAACAAACCAUCUUUCAACCCCGCCGACACUAACGCACUGGUUGGAGCGGUUGCAUUUGGAAAGGGGCUUUCCAAAUGCAGGCCUCCGGGUCCAGUUGCCCCUGGACACCCAGGACAAGGGCCCAUGAUGAGCGGGGGUCCGACCUUACAGCAGGUCACCAUCGGUGCUAGCUCAGGUCAGCAAGCAGGUAUGGGAGGACCUGUGGCUCAACAGCAGCAAGGACAGCCAGGUAGGAGACCUGGAGAGCUGGGAAAAAUGCCAAGCAGCAUCAAGACAAACAUCAAAUCUGCAUCUGGUUCAAUGCAUCCCUACAACCGAUGAGCUCCUUCCUUCUCAUUUCUCUAACCUGCAUUUGUUACAGUUUAGGCUCUCCUACAGCAAUGAAUAUUUACAGUACGUACAUGUCACCUUUGUUUUCUGUGUUAGUUUCAUGGAAUGGACCAACUUCUAAGAAGUUGUUACCCUGCUCUCUCUAAAGCUGUUUCUGUGACAUACAGUAUGCUCUGAGAAAAUCUACAACGGUCAGCCACGACAUUAAAACCAUUUAACGAUCCUAAUGUUGUGGCUGAUCGGUUUAUUUUAUACUUAUUUGAUAUUGAAUUACAAUGUUUGAGCCACUAGGUGGCAGUAUGUCAUCAUAUAUUGGACCACAACGGCUUGUAUUUGGAACUGUGCACUUUUCCAAUAAAAGAUAUUUCAAAAAAGA